GGAAGCGUUGCUGAGGAAGUAGAAUCAUGGUUUCUUCCGGAUUGAAGUCGCAGGGAAGGAGGACAAGCACACGUGCGAACCUUUAUAUAAAGUUCCUGCUGAUCCUGGAUCAUAAAAGAGAGUAAAAUAAAGAAGAUGCAAAAAUCAAGAGAUGACUUUUCAGACCUUUCCUGACAAAAACUGACAAGUGUGAUCAAACAAGAGGAGUUUUAAAUCUGGAGAUGGCGGUCGAUGGAACGAUCAAAGAGAAGAAGAAGAAAAAAAUUAAGGAAGGUGGGACCAAAAAUAUUGCACAGUAUCACCCCACUUCUGUCCAGACAAAUGUGAAAACUGAACAGCCAGACCAACAUGAAUAUGAUGCUACUAAAAAGAAAAAGAAGAAGAAAAUCAAAGAGGAAAAAGUAAAAGAAAACAACCUUGUGUUUUGUGAAGCGUCUGCCAAGACUGCUGUUAAAACAGAACCCAUGGAAAUAAACAGCGGUAAAAGAGGCCAAGAAGAAAAUAAUGUUCCUCAGAAGAAGAAGAAGAACAAAAAAGAGAUGGAAUAUAUUCAAGAAGAAGUGAUGGAAGUCAAGAUGGAUGGAGAUCAUUUGGAGGAGUCAAGGGUAAAGAAAGUGAAGAAAAAAAGAGAUAAACAGAUGGAGGUGAAUGUCACCGAAACUGGAGAAAUAAAGAAAAAGAAGAAGAAGAAGGAAGUCGAGGUCAAAGAAGAAGAGGUUGAUGAAGGAAACAAUGGAGAGAUAGACAAGAAAAAGAAGAAAAAAAGGAGGAAUAUUGAAGAUGAAGUACGAAACCCAAAAGCAGAGGAUGGAGUGAUCAAGAAGAAAAGAAAAAAGACAGAGGCACAUGUAAAAACUGAAGAAAGUCAAGCAUGCAUAGGGGACGAACCAACAAAGAAAAAGACGAAAAAAGAAAAAAACACCAGCUUAAAGACUGAAAGUAAUGUAGAAUGUGUGGAAGAGAAGGUAAAAACAAAGAAGAAGAAGAAAUUGGCUCCAGUAGAAGACGACGUGGAGGAGAUGAAUGCACACAAAAAGAAGAAAAAAAGAUUAGAAAGCAUAGAUGAGGGCCCUGCACGCUUGAACGGGAUGAAAGAAAAGGCAAAUGUCACAGGUGAUGUCAUAGGAAAGGUGAAGUCGUCAGACCAGAAGAAGAAAAAGAACAUCAAGGUGAUGGUCGAUGAUGUCACAGAGAAGAUAAAGGAGGAGCCAGUGGAAAAGAAGAGGAGUAAAAAAGACAGGAAUGAGUCCACAGAAAAGGAGGAUAUUGUGUUCCUGUCGGCAAAGCCUGGAAAUCAGGAUGAAGUUUCUAUAGACCAGGCUCGUCGGCUCGCCUUGCAGAAGGAAAUUGAUCAGGAGUCACAACCUGAAGUGAAUGUCGGCCAGUGGAGCACAGCUCAGUUUGACAGCUCUGACAGACAAGCUAAGUUCCUGCGACUGAUGGGCGGGUUUAAAAAAAGCAGCCAGCCAAUCACAGGAAGUGCUGGGCGGGCAAACAUGGCCCUAGGAACUGAAGGUCAACAGACUUUACAGCAAGGCCUUCUGGGAGAAUUUGAGCGUGCGCAGAGUCGACACAUGGACUUCGGGAGUAGAGGAACCGGGUUGGGAUUUUCACCUCCGUCCAAUAAGAAGUUCGCAAUUGAUGUGAACGCACGGAAGUCGAUACGGUUUGAUGACUGAGAUGAAAUAGCACACAUUUUUGUUUACUCAGGUUGUUAAACUUUUUUUUUAAUGGGAAUUUAUUUUAUUUUAUAGCAAUUAUAUCAGUCAAUCUCCAAAAUAUACAGAGGACAUCCUUAAAAGUAUAAAUGUAGGCCACUAGAAUACUAAAUUAUUGCUUAAUGUAAAGUAUUUAAAUUUGUGCUGUUGUAUUGACUGCAAUUACAUUUUUAGGUUGACAGCUGUGGCCAUUAAGAUCAUUUAAAAUGUACAAAAAAAAACAGCAUACAGAUUUGGAAAGAAAGGAGCAAGAGUAAACCAUGUCAAUAAUUCUUUGUGAACUACUUAAUCUCAAUCAUUUAUGACCUGUGAUAACAAUUACCUGUAAAUAAAAUGCAAACUACCGAAGAGUCUUUGAUAUAUAACCACCAGUCUUCACUAAAUUAAUUUAAUUGGAUGAAAAUGUUAAGAUGUAAUUAACUCCUAAGAAUUAAAUAUGUCAUCAAAGGCUCUUUAAAUGUCUUAUUCAGUGAUAUUGAGCAAUAUUUUUGAGGUUUGCAGUGUUUAUUUUUUAAUAUAGAGAUAAAAUCAGUGCUUUAUUGUUUAUCAUGGACAAAAUGCUACAUUAAAGCCAAGCGUGAACUUUUC